AUGUCCACGACUACCUUUCCUCCUCCUGCUCCUCCUUCACCACCACCACCACCACCAACCAAGGACCAUCCGCUCGUCCCCCCCUCCCCCCCAACCAUCUGGAUCGCCGACAACUGGCCUUCCAUCAUCGGCUGUACGGUCCUGGCCCACGUCGGCCACUACCGCUACCUGACAACCCGCCGCAAGCCAAGCCCCAACCCGAUCCAGAAUGCGCGCUUUUGGGCCAUAGCCGGCGGUGGAUGGAUGGUCGCUUACCUCUCCGUCAUCACCGCAGUCGCCGUCUCUCGAGCCAAAGUCAACCACUACCGUGAUCCGGAGACCCGGGGUCUUUACUCUUCUUGAUCUUGUCUUUUUCAUUUUUAGCC